GUGGCCGAGGCUGCGAGUGGCUGGGGAGGGACUUUCUCAGGGACCUCGCGAGGAGUAUGUCGGGUCCUCCGGAGGCUGGCUUUGGUGCAGAAGGCACCGCCACCUCGGGAAGAUGACCCCUCUCCGGGCGACGUGGUCUUUUCCCUUCGCUAGGGGCAGAGCCUUGGGGGUCAGGGGCAACGUCUGACGGCAGAGCACGCAGAGGACCGAGCCCCCGAGAUCGCGCGUGUGGCAGCGUCUGACAGCUCGAUCUCCCAGCAAUCCAGCCCCGGCUUGUAGCAGUCAGCAAAACCAAACCUGCUGAGAUGGUGAUCGAGGCCUACAAUCACGGCCAGCGUACUUUCGGAGAAAACUACGUUCAGGAACUACUGGAAAAAGCAUCAAAUCCUAAAAUUCUGUCUUCAUGUCCUGAGAUCAAAUGGCACUUCAUCGGCCACCUGCAGAAACAAAAUGUCAACAAAUUGAUGGCUGUCCCCAACCUCUUCAUGCUGGAAACAGUGGAUUCUGUGAAACUGGCAGACAGAGUCAACAGUUCCUGGCAGAAAAGAGGUUCUCCGGAAAGGUUAAAGGUUAUGGUCCAGAUCAACACCAGUGGAGAGGAGAGUAAACAUGGCCUUGCACCCUCAGAAAUGCUAACCCUAGUGGAACACCUGAAUGCCAAGUGCCCCAGCCUGGAGUUCGUGGGGCUGAUGACCAUAGGAAGCUUCGGCCACGAUCUUAGUCAAGGACCAAAUCCAGACUUCCAGAUGCUGCGGUCCCUGCGGGAAGAGCUGUGUGAAAAGCUGUGCAUCCCUGCCGAUCAGGUGGAGCUAAGCAUGGGCAUGUCCGGGGACUUCCAGCACGCGAUUGAAGUUGGAUCGACAAACGUCCGAGUAGGGACCACCAUUUUCGGAGAGCGGGACUACUCCAAGAAGCCCGUCCAGGAUGAGACCACAGCAGAACUGAAGGCCCCAGUGGAGGUGACACAGGCGCACUGAGCCAAGGCCAGCCGGGGCGACUGGCUAUGCACGAAUGAAGUGUUCGUUGUGGCAGCCCCCACUUCACUGCCCAGCUGUUCCCUCCUGUGACCUGGACAGUUAUGGAUGGUCACAGGUGUCAGCUGAAGCCACCUGUGCUUAGUCUCUGACGUAGGAGGCCUGCUUCAGACAGUGGCUUUGGAUCAAGUUUGAGAACCCGGACUGUUCUGUAGAAACAGAUGCCAAGUCAGUAGCCAGGAUUCAAGUCCCAUGUUGAACUGCCCAGGAGCACUAACCAAUUCAUGAGGACCUUUCCCAGGUUGAAGUGUGGGUUGCUGGUGCCUAUAAUCUUUCCUGUUGGUCACCCAGUCUGCUAGUAAAUUCCCCACAGUGAUGGUCACCUUUGCAGCUCUGGAGCAAAGUGACUCCUUCCCCCAGUACACAUGGAAAGUGUUUCCUGCUAUGGAGCAGCAGUCAGUAACUUCCAGCCAUGACUCAAGUGACAGCUCCACACACAAAUUGUUACUAGUGACAGUUUGUGUCAUUGACCACUGUGACUGAAAUUUUAGGGGUGACACUUUGUAAGUAGGACUUUGGCCUUUCUGAUAUCCUCCUUAAGAGACAAGACUUUGAGCUCUUCCCUGGGGGACCCGCCAUGAUGGGAAUUUAAUGGUGUGAUGUCUUCUCCCGUAAGACCCCCCUUGCUGGUGAUUUAGCAGAGGCCAGUGAAAUCUCAUCCUCCCCAGCAGCGAGAGCCUUCAGAGCCCGGUCAGCCACAUGGUUUCAGCAAGGCGUCGCGCCACCAGCUUGGCUGAGGAGUGCUCUGUAGGCACGUUCACAGCCUCUGAGCUGUCUUUAUAAGCCACAGUUUCACAGCUCUUCUUGAUUGUUCGUUAAUAAAGUAGCAAGAUCUUCAAAGAUCAGAAAGCACAAUUCUCCAAGUCAAUAAGAGCUUCAGUGUAAGUUAUUUUCUAGGUAGCUGUUCCUCUUAUUCGAGCACCAGUCUUUAAUUUUAUGAAAUAACUUUGAGAACAUGAUGCUGCUGCUGAAUGUAAUUUUGCAAAACUUAACACCAUUAUGAUUCUUGUUUCAAAGCUAUAGUGUGAUACUUCAGAGUCUAUUAAAUAAAAUGUGCUUUUGAAUUAUACCAUCUGUGCCAAUUACAAAGCAAUUAAAAGAUUUAUUUUCUAUGA